AUGGGUGCUUCGGGGAGAUGGAUUAAGGCAUUGGUUGGUUUCAAGAAAUCUGAUAAGUCAAGGUCUUCAAAAAAAGAUGAUAAUCUUAAGAUUGCUGCUACUAAGAGCCGGUUUGGUAGAAAGAAUUCAGUUGAUUUUGUUGAUAUUGAGAAUUUGCAAGAUGGAUUUGGAGAUUCCAAUACGCAUAGUAUGAUAGAUACCGGUGUCUCUACUUCGACUUCAAUACAAUCGUACGGUGCAGCUUAUGAAGAAAACAGGAGGGAACAUCAGGCUGCAACACGCAUCCAAACAGCUUAUCGAGGAUUUCUGGCUAGAAGAGCUUUACGAGCGUUGAAGGGAUUGGUUAGACUCCAAGCUCUUGUCAGAGGACAUGCUGUGAGAAAACAAGCAGCUGUAACGCUUCGAUGCAUGCAAGCGUUAGUAAGAGUUCAGGCUCGUGUACGUGCAAGACGUGUUCGUCUCGCCUUGGAAAGUGAAACGGGUCAGCAGACACUUCAGCAACAGCUAGCAGAUGAAGCCCGAGUUCGAGAAAUAGAGGAAGGUUGGUGUGAUAGCAUUGGAUCUGUUGAACAAAUCCAAGCCAAGCUACUAAAGAGGCAGGAAGCUGCAGCUAAGCGUGAGAGGGCUAUGGCAUAUGCUUUGACUCACCAGUGGCAAGCAGGAGCUCGGCAGUUAUCUACGCACACUGGCUUUCAACCUGACAAAAACAACUGGGGAUGGAACUGGUUGGAAAGAUGGAUGGCUGUUCGUCCAUGGGAGAAUCGGUUUCUCGACAAUAACCUCAGGGACGAUGCUAAAUUAACUGGAAAUGACAUGGUGGAGUCUGAGAAUGUGAAUAAAACGCAGCUGAAAAGUGCAAGCAAGAAAGCAAACACUUCAAAUCUGAUAUCUGGUAUUUCAAGUCAGAAGACUGGCCCAUCUCAGUCAGAUGGUAAUUCUUCUCCUGGAAUAUCUUCAAGCGUUCCAGUGGUAUCCAAGUCAAUGUCAAAGCCCGCUAAAGACGAUCUUGCUGUAGAGGUAAACUCAAGACCUGGCCCUGGUUCAAGAUCGCACAGCAAUCCGAAAGAAAGAUCGAGAGAGCCAGAUAGAUCCACAAAGGGACGAUUAUCUCUGCCAAACAGUGGAAAAUCCUUGGGACUUCAGGCAGCUAAAGCCAACCGUGCGGGAAAACUCACUCCAACAUCUCAUAAAGUAGUUGAGGACAAAUCUGGCCAAAACCAGAGAAGACGCAACUCCGACCCAAUAAAGCCGAGGCACGCAUAG